CACCACGAGGCACCCUGGGGGAGGCCCUUUCGCCGCCAGGAUGUCCCAGGGCGUGACCUACGCUGACCUGAGGUUUGUGAAGGCCCCUCCGGAGAGGAGCCAGCAACCCCAGGCCCAACAGGAAGAGGCAAGCGAGGGGGACCUCACCUAUGAGAACAUCCAGGUGUCCAGGCCCCGGGAAGAGGAGGAGGGUCCCCCCAGGAGCGCAGGGGGUGCAGAAGACUGGCAGGUCUCCCGUCAGCUCCAGCAGGCAUCCCGGGCCCAUGAAAGGGAGCGCAAGGCCCAGGCCCAGAGAAUCGGGGCCCAGGAGGGGGGCCUGGAGCGAUCCCAGCAGCUGCUGCGGGAGGCCGAGAUGAGACUCAGCUCCACCAGGGCGGCCCUUUGGGAGAGCUGGGAGGCCGGGAACCGGACCCGGAGGCGGCUGGAAGAACAACUGGAGGCAGUGGCUCGGGUGCAGCAGCAGAGGCAGGAGACGGGACGGAGGCUGAACGAGACGGAGGCCAAAUGGCUACAGGCCACAUCUUGCCAGCAGAGAGGCUGUUGUCCCCCUGAAUGGAAGCUCUUCAGGUGGAAAUGCUUCUGGGUCUCUCCAGUCACGACUACUUGGGAACGAAGCAAGGAGGCCUGUGAAAGGCAAUCGUCUCAGCUGCUGGUUUUAAAAGAGCCCUUGGAUGCUGGAGGACUGAGGGAUGCUCAAGUCAUCACGAGCGAUCAGCAACCAAGGGACUACUGGAUUGGACUGAGUAGAACAAAAAGGUGGUCAGGCUACGAAUGGGUUGACGGCUCACACUAUGAAAGAAAUGACGUCUCUCCUUAUAAGAAUUGGCAUCAACUUUGUGUAAAACUGAGCAACGGAAUGCUGUCAGGGUACCCCUGUCAAGAGCAGCAUCACUACAUCUGCGAGAAGGCAGCCAGCUCCGAAGGAGAACCAGAAGUCCUUCCCGGGUGACAGGCAGGCAGGAGGCUUAUUUCCUGAAUGUACGGAGGUUUUUCUCCGCUGCCUAGACCGGCCCUCUGCUGCAGAGCUCCCGACAUGUUGGCGAUGCAGCUCCUGACGGCAUCAUCGACUCUUAGCACCAGCAGCCCCAUUGGCCGCUAGGAAACAGGGAGCAAGGGAAUUCCCCCUCCGGCUACGCUCUCUCCACUCUGCCUCCCCUCCCUUAGCAUGAUGGUCUCCGCUUCCAUUCUCUCACCUAGAGCAUUUCCAGAUGGAGCUUUUAGCUCGGAACGGAGGGUUAGGGUGUGCGUUCGCACAUUGGCCAGACCCACGACAAACUCUGUGCGAGAUACGGUGGGGGGGGGGGGCACUUCACACACAAUUCAGGUUUUUAAUUGCACGUUAGAGCCUAGCCCGAUUUAUGUUUGGGGUAAAAAAAAAUCUACUUUUUGCAUCUUGGGGGGGGGGCAUAUUCGGACUCACAGUAAACCCACAGUAAAGUUUGCUGUCUGGGAAAGCUCCUAGAGAAUGAGAUUUCUGUCUUCUCCCUCCCCUUCUAGCAAUGAGGUAUGAUAGGCCUUCUCACUCUCCCUGCUGAAUUUCCUCAAUAAACGACUCUAUUUGGAAUGGUAGCUCCAUGUUUCCAAUGUUUCUCAGUGAUGGAU